GUGCGAUAAACAGUCGACAACUCGAUUGCCAAUCAAAACGAGACAUUUAAUGAACGCCUUAUUGCGAGUGAACUGUCGUCGAAGUGAAUGAGUAAUACUUGUAUUGUAUUCAUCAUUAGAUCACUCAUUGAUUGAGUCAUUAAUUAAACAAAUCGUUUGUUUUGUUGUUUUCAUUGUUGUUAUAAUUAAUACACAAUUAGUGUUGUGUUGUUGUGGUUGUCGUCAUCACCUCUACUCUGUCUCUAAUCUCUUGUAGUGAUCAGUGAUUGGCUGAUAAUCGCUAAGAAGUGAUUGCAUUUUAGUAUUGAUUGAGUGAUAAUCAGCUGAAGACAUGAGUUAUAAGGGCUAUCAGUCGACCAUUGGUGGCGAUGAGCGCAACGACUGGUCCCGACUCUCGCAGACGGUGGCCACUAAUGUCCAGAAGAUAUCGCAAAAUGUUAAUCAAAUGCAACGAAUGGUCAACCAAUUGGGCACAUCUCAAGACUCCGACAAUCUUAGGACUAAUUUACAUGAGAUCCAACACUACACCAACCAAUUGGCUAAAGACACGAAUAAUAACCUCAAAGAGUUGGCACAAAUGCCACAAUCGACUAAUGUGUCCGAACAGAAACAGAGACGAAUGCUGAGGGAGCGGCUGACCAGCGACUUCUCGGAGGCCCUCAAGAACUUUCAAGUGAUCCAAAGGACCGCCGCCUCCAAAGAGAAGGAGAGUGUGAUCAGAGCCCGGGCUAACUCUGGCCUUAAUUCAAAUAGCGGUUGGGACGACCACUCGUCCAGAGGGCCGUCGAAUCUGAUUGAUUUGCAAAGUCCACAAUCGCAGACACAGAUCCAGAUGGAAGAGGAGUGCGAUAUAGAGCUCCUGCGGGACAGAGAACAGGCCAUCCGUAAGAUCGAGUCGGAUAUCGUGGAAGUGAAUCAGAUAUUCAAAGACUUGGCGACAAUGGUUCACGAACAGGGAGAGGUGAUCGACAGCAUUGAGGCCAAUGUGGAGACCGCGUCCAUACAGGUGCACGAGGGCACCGCCCAGUUGUCUAAAGCGCGUGACUAUCAGGUUUGUCCGGCCAGUCCUGCCCGAGGGCAACACUUUUUCACUGACUUUUAUAUCUGUUUUGUUUGA